AUGCCCCCUGCUCCCAGUGCCUACGCCGGAGGCUACAGCGAGUCUGCCAGACGACAGCUCGACAACGUCGUGAUCCCCGAAAAGAUCAAAUGUGCGACCUGCAAGAAGAUCCGACUGCAGAGCGCCUUCUCGAAGAAGCAGCUCAACGACUUGCGCAACACCGUCGUCGUUCGCGGGCCCCUUCACAUCGGACAGACCUCGACGGCUAGAUGUCGCGUCUGCGUUGGCGGGCAGACGGUCGAGAUGACCUGCAGCAUCUGUGACCAGACCAAGAGUCUCGACGAGUUUGCAAAGUCUCAGCGCUCUAACCGUGUGACGGCGAGGUGCUUGAACUGCGUUCAGAGUCACGAGGAAACGGACCCCCUGCUGGAUGAGAAGAAGCUGCUUGAAAACGAACCGUCCACCAGGAACUCCACUGCAGCCAGCACUCGUAUCGACAAUGAGUAUGGAUUUUCCAGGCUGAACAUCCACGGCCGGGCCUAUGGAUAUAUUCCUGGCCUCUCCGCGGGUGUUUCCGCCGAUGACGAAGAUGAAGUCGACGACGACGACGACGAUGACGACAAUGACGACAAUGACGACAAUGACGACAAUGACGACGAUGAUGACAACGAUGAAGACCGGAAUAUCAUCACCAACCGGGCCAAUCUCGACGAGUUCUCAAUCGGAGGAGGUGUCUGGGUCAAAGACAACUUGAAGCAGGGGAAGGCUGGCAAAGAGAACGCCAACCCCAGCGCCAGCGCCAGCGCCAGCGUCGCAAAGGAGACGGUCCGUGAGUUCAUCGGCUACGAUUCCCAGGGAGUUGCCCAUCGUCUCGUCAGCUCGCAGUCUGGCACCGUGCCUGCGUCUUCUGUUCUCACUGUCGUUGAAGGAGCCAAAAUCGCCAAGUCGGUCAACCCCAGUCCUUCCAAGCCUCCUCCUCCUCGUCGCGAAUCCCGCUUUGCCCGCGUUCCAGGAAAACGUUUCGCAAAGGGAGAAGCCCCCACCAUGCGGAUUGCCGAAUCUUCCGGCAGACAUCUCGACCUGACUGACGACGAGGCUGACGGCGACGACGGCGAUCUCCAGGGAUACCUCUAGACGUACAGAGCGAGCGACUGACGUGCUUCUGGCAUCGCGCUAAUAGACAGCUCUCCUCAAUAUUGACAUGCAAUAC